AUGGAAGAAUGCAACCCGACUUUGAAACCUGCUGAACUAAGAUUUAAAUUGUCCAAAGACUCAGAUGAAGAUGAUGUCGACCCAACACAAUACAAAAGAAUUAUUGGGUCAUUAAGGUACCUUUUUCACACAAGUCCUGAUUUAGCAUACAAUAUAGGUUAUGUGUUUAUGCUAGGUGGUGCACCAGUUACUUUAAGUGCAAGAAAAGAACCAGUAGUAACACCGUCGUUGUGUGAAGCAAAGUACAUAGUUUCUUCUCUUUAUGCAUGUCAAGCACCAUGGAUGGUGAACUUUGUCGAAGAAAUUACAUGGAAGAAUCAUGGAGCAAUUACCAUGAAGAUCGACAGCAUGUCAGUUAUCAAUCUGGAUAAGAAUCUGAUAGCACAUGGACGAAGCAAGCACAUCAAAAUGAGGUUCCGUUAUCUUGGAGAGAAUGUAGCAAAAGGGAAGAUGAACUUGGAGCACUACUGA